AUUUUUUGUUUCCGAAACUCUUCAGUUCUAGGUAACACCGGCUCCAAGAUCCUUUUGGGUGAUAUCAUCUCUGAUGACGAGACUCUAAGGUUUAUAACUCAAGAUCCAAGAAGCCGCAACGCUAUUAAUUACCCUCACAGUCUGUGGCCUGCGAAUACCGUGCCGUAUAUUAUAGACAGUAGCAUAGGUAAGUAUUGUAUACGUAUUGUAUUAUACACAUGUGCUGUUUCUUAAAGUUAACCCAAACGAUUUUCAGAAAUUUUCAAGACUCUCUCAAGGAGUAAAUUUUUGCGACUAUUGAGGUUCGCGGAGAAGAGAGAACCUAUUUUUAGAGAACGGAGUGCGGGUGGUCUGAAAUGUCAUCCUUUUCUUUGCCCCACCCGGCAACGGGAGGGAAAGCAAUUCAGACGACUCUGCUAAUUCGCCCUGCCGCCCGUUGGGGGAGGGAAGGGGCAAAGGGGCAGAUGACACUUCAGACUUGCUUAAGUGUGCUGGAUAUUACUGAAAGAUUUGAGCACAUUUCGAGUGGAAAAAUAAUACGUUUGUUCCUUGUUUAUUGCUAUAUACAGAACAACAAGGCAUUCAAGCAAUCAACGAUGCAAUAAGCGACUAUCACAAAUACACUUGCGUGAAAUUUGUGGCCAGGACCACACAAAAAAAUUACGUAAGGUUCUUCCAGGGGACCGGGUAAGCGAUACUGUUAUAAUCAUGUUCGCCUUUGUUGGACUAAUGUUGUGUAUAUGCACCAAAAGAUUUAAUUUAAUUCAUAUAUCAGAGAAUUUUGACGAGUGCAUUCACAAAAUAAAAGCCGUGGCCAAUAAAAGAGCUGAGGCUCGCUGAAGAUCUCGAUCUACAUGAUCCAUCGUGAUUCUGUUACAUGUUUUGGCUCAGUGUAUUGAGGCGAAAAAAUAGUUAUAGGGAAGUUGGGAUUAGGGCCUUGCAGAACCUUCAAGUCGCUAAAUUAUCUAUUGUUUCCCCGUUAUUGACAGGUGCUCGUCAUCGGUGGGUCGCACAGCUCGAGGUGAACAGAAAGUGAAUCUACACCGAUAUUGCUGGACCAAAGGAAUUGUAAUCCAUGAACUUGCACACGCUAUCGGCUUCUUCCACGAGCAGUCGCGUUCAGAUAGAGACAGUUACGUCAAGAUCCUGUACGAGAAUAUUGAAAAAGGUCAGUCUGAACAGCACAGAGAUCACGCACCUUUGAUGUUAAUUCACUAUUGCCUAGGGGGGCCUGGUACGAACCCUUGUAUUAUGGGAUAAACAACACGACGACCCACGUAGGUAGAAAGAGAAAACAGAGAUCCGGAAAAUCCACAAGUUUGGUGUUUACCCGGCUUAUGUUGAACGAGAAACAGCCUUUCAAAAACUCCAAUAUUGACUAAGAAAUCUAUAGACGUUCAGACAGUUUAUCUUGCAAUCUGGAAAAUUUUCAAGUUUUGAAAUAGGUUAAAAAUUGGUCCGAUUAACACCAAACUUAAGAAUUUUACAAAUUUCGCUGCUCUCUUCCUGACUAUAUGGGUCAUGUGUUGUUUAUCUCAUAAUGCACAGACUCGUAUCCAGCCCCCCUUGGUUUGAAUUAGGCAAUACACCACUUGCACAUUUCCCAUAAUGCACCAUAUUUGCCACCCCAAAUUUUGCAUAACCUUUGUUUUUCAUUUCUCCUGGGUAUUACACAAUCGUCCCAAGAGAAAUUAAAAACAACGCUUCUGCAAAAUUUUGGGGGGCAAAUGAGGUACAUUAUGGGAAAUGUGGAAGUGGUGUAUAGCCAUGCCAAAAAUUGCCCUAUCAUUUUGUCUACAAUUUAGAAGUCUGUAAUUAUUAUUCAUUUACUGAGGGGUGGCACUAGGAUUUAGGGAACUUGGCUGCUUGCGUAAUCCAGCCAAUUUCUUUUAUUCCGCAGACAGAGAAAAUAAUUUUGACAAAUUCGCCCAAGGCAAAAUACUACACCUUGGGGAACCGUACGACUAUGGGAGCAUAAUGCAUUAUGGGACACAUGCAUUCAGCAGCAAUGCAAAACCUACCAUCAUCACACUUCAGACUGGAGGCGCUCAAAUUGGUCAGCGGGAGGCACUCAGUGCCAACGAUAUCCGGCAGAUAAACAAGCUGUACAAAUGUCCAACUGGUAGGUCAUUCCUAUCCCAAGGUUUCUUGCGAGCAAGCACUCGCCGGGGUGGUUUAGAAAUGAGUACGGAGGGUGACUUCCACUUUCAUAUGGGAAAGAGAAUUACGCUAUCGAUAACUAGACAGUCAAAGAAAUAAAACGAUGAAGACAAUGGGGAAUCAAGAAAACAAACUUCUUCCUUAGGAGCCAAAGAUUUCGCAUUUGGUAUUUUGCACCGCGCUAACACUGUUUGACUGUUCUUUUUAUUACUAUUUUUUUUUCCAGCAACAGUCACUCCCACUAGCCAAGGAUCAAGUACAGUAGGUAUGUAUUAUGUUUGUCGUAGUAUCUCAAGACUGCAUGUAGACUCUUAUUUUCUCUUCGCCAAGGCAAUACGGAAGGUCGCAAAAAUCUGGAGCAAAAACUUGUUUUUUUCACCGGCACUCUUUAUUCCCUCGGAAUCAGCAAAUACUUUUCGUUCAACUAAUUUAUUCCUAUUUUUCACAUUACAAUGUUCCCACCACCAUGCAAUAACAUAGGUCCAACAACUGAUGGGAAGGCUUUAGUAAAAUUACUCGUAAACAAUAAUAAACUUAUGAUCGCGAGAGACUGGAACUGAUAGAACCAACCUCCUCGCGACAAAAGGUUAUGCCCAGUUUGUGAUUCCAAUGAAAUAUAGGGGCACCCAACAAGAAUAUAGCUCAAAACCACUUAAAGAUAACAUUGUUGAACGUAUUUUAGUAUUUAAACGGUAGAUAUAGGCAUAUUUUUGUCCCUUAAAAAUUUUUCAUCUGUUCGGAUUUCCUAGCUGAAAGUCUAGUGAUCCGAAAAUUAUAGGGAUCAAAACUUACCUUUUCGAAAAUUUUAGCCGGAAAAAAGGCUCCCGAAAAUUCUAGGUGACCUUUUCUUGGGUAAAAAUCCGUUAAAAAUGGGCAAUUAUACCAUUUUUUACAAGUUCGAAAAUCCUAGGAGAGGUAGGCAAGCAAGAAAUUAGACAACAAAGGUUGCGAAAAUUUUAGAUCUCUAAUCGUCUUCCGAACAGAUAUUUUCCGAAAAUUGACGUUGGGUGACCCUGAUAACUAUCUUCGGAGUUCAUCGAUCGCCAGGUCCGAGUAAGGCAACCGUAGAGGGUAAAUUAUGGAAAGGACCCUGCUUCUGAGCGAAAAAUUCAUUUCUUAGAGUAAAAUAUUUUGGGCAAUAGCGAGAUAGUGAAUUUCAUCCUCCAUUUCCCGGGACACUGAACGGGAAAUUUUGAGAAAAAGACCUUAAAACAACAACAAAGCAUGAAUAAAGAUUUCUGAAACCAUUUUAAGCAUUUUGUGAGAAUUGCUGGGAAAAAUUUAUCUGUUCCUCACUCCCAGCAAGACUGAUGGUAGAGUUCCCAGCCAGCAAGGUGCACCUACAACCUGAAAACUGACAGGACUCCCAGCAGACGUAUGUCCACGCAUUACUGGCCAGUUUGGGUGUGUUCAUAGGGCAAAAUUCAGCCCUUCAAUGGAGGGAAAGGUUUCUGACAAAUAGCACAUUGCAGCUGUUCUAGACAUCAAAUCCCCUUAUACACCCUGAAUUGUCUAUAUCCCAGCAACACUUCCCUUCCAAGGACAUAUUAUUUUUUCUAAAUCUACCUGCCAGCAAAAAUUUGCCUAAAGAACAGAUAUUUUGAGGAAGAGAUCCAUUGGGUGCCCCUAUUCAACCUGACCAGGGAGUUCCUAGUGAGCUUUCGCUCGAAAGAUGCAGUGGUAGAGAGAGCAGGGCUUCCCCGAAGUGGCUUGCGAUCAUCACCUCCCUCCGCCCCACCCCCCACCCCCCCAAAAAGAUACGCCCGGUCGCAGUUUAUUCCUAACUCUAUAACCCUUACUGCAUUGAAAUUAGAGAAGUGUCAAGUUUGAGAUAUCAACGCGCCAAACUGAAAAAAAUCAUCGAUUUCCAUUAUAAACUUUUUACCAGUUAAUAAGGGCCAAGUCGCACUAGAGGGCAAUUUUACAUUUGUUCUGGACAAAUUCGGCUUGAAAUUGGCCAGUGACAAAAAAUUUGUCCGGAGAGCUACAGUCGUACUUAAGAACAAAAUCUGUGAACAAAACACAACACCAUGCUGUGAGCGCCUUGUGAUUUCAACCCACAGUUGAACUAAAAGCUUCUCCUCUUCUUUACUCCAUCUGUCCUGAGCCUUCUUGUUCUCGGCUGACGAAGAUGCACGACGCGAAGAAGAUGGGGUUGAUACCGGCAUUGAGCUAUCUUCGCUGAACUGGAGGGAUUCUGGCAACGAGUCAGUACUCGUGGUCGAAGGAAAUGGGCUGGGAUUUCCUCGAUCAUUAAACAUGUAAGGGCCUGCCAAAGGAUAGAUCCAUCCUGGUGGAUAUUGUGGAUAUUCGUACGGAAAAAAUUGGUUGCCCGCGCCGAGAUUCAUGUUGUUGCGAAAUGUGAACGUGAUUAAUUUUACAACGAAGUUUAUAGCAUAGAGACUCUGCUACAUAUCACCUGUCAAAUCAUUUCCGAAUUAAAACACACUCGCUAUUGUUUUCCAAAAUUUGUCUCAAUUUGGCCUGCUCCAGAGGUAGUCGACGGCAUCUUUGAAGUUUGUCCGUCUGCUACCAAAUUUUGUCCUUUGGUGAACAAACCGGUCGCACUUGGUUUUUCAUUGUGAUGACAGAUUUUUGACAUAAAUAAACAGUUUUGUCCUCUAGUGCGACUUGGCCCUAAGGCAAUAAUUAACGUAAAAACGUUUAUGGAUAUUCCAUAUAAACAUUGUCUAAUUGUUUUAACAAUUUUUUUCCUUUUUGCAACAGUGUAUUGUAACUUUGACAAUGGGUCGCGGUGCGAUUUCACUCAAGAUACUCAAGAUGAUUUUGAUUGGACAGUCCACCAAGGUGCCACACCGAGCGGGGGGACUGGGCCUAGUUCAGAUAUGUCUGGAAAAGGUAUCAAAAAUUUCAUUCUUCAUUUUUGAUUGUAUAAGAUAAUAAGCUAGCCGGAGAAUGAACAUAAUUAUAUUCUGAACAAAUUGUGAAAAGUAAUGAGAAAUGGGUAUCGCAGGCUAGGUGACAAAUAAUACAAAUAGCGACAAAUGGGAAAAAUAAUGGCAAAUCGUAACGAAUGGAAGCAAAUUGGGGACGCAUGGCGACAAACGAUGACAAAUGGUGAAAAACGGAGGCAAAUAAUUACCAGUGAUUGAAACAUGGUGGCCAAUAGUGAUCGAUAGAGGCAAAUGGUGAUGAACUUGAGACAAAUGAAACGGCGACAGAAAGUCUGGGCUCCUGAAGGUGGCCAAUAGCUAUUAAACUUCGUAAUUUGUGUAAUUAUUCGAAUUUUUGCUUGGAUGGCUACUUUUCAGGUUGGUAUAUCUAUGCUGAGUCAUCUCAGCCACGUGUUGAGGGCGAUCGCGCCGUCUUACUCAGCCCAAGCCUGAUGGGACCGUACUGCCUCCGAAUGCAUUUCCAUAUGAUGGGUACACACAUUGGUUCUCUAAAUGUCUACAAGAUCACAGCCUCAAGCAGAACCACAGUCUUAUCGACCAGCGGAAACAAAGGUGAUAAGUGGUAUAUGGCCCAGUCUUCCCUGACAGGUUCAGAGCAAUUUAAGGUGAUUAAAAAUUCAUUUGUUCAAUAAACAAGAUGUUCAUGUUAAUUAACCCUUCAAUUCCCAAUAGAGGAGAAUUGCUAGCUUUAACUCCCCUUCAGCGCUUCCAUUAGAAACAAUGCACACCAGUGAACGUUUGAUUGUGGCUCUAUAAAGGGUAUUCCAUUACCCUAGAAGGGGGUACUCCCAUGUAUAUAGGCCAGAUAGGGUAUGGUUUUUGAGGGACUUGAUCCUUGAAUAGGGUAUUAUUCUUGCCCUUGUUGGCAUUGUGUUCCCAGUAUGUUCCUUGAUAGGGUUCCCAAAUUGUAUCAGCUAAAAUUUAAGAGCGUAAAUACCCAGUUACACGAAAAGCAAAUUAUCUGUUAGUAUUAUGAAAGCGAUUUCAUGAAGGUUUGUAAGCUACCAUUAAUUUCUAUUCCAUCUUUUUUCCCUUGAAAAGGAAGGGUCUUUCAAAUAGGGGUAGAUUUCGGUUGUUCUCACCCUAAAAAAUUAUAGGGUCAGGAUUUAAGACUCCGGGCGGCACACACAAAUCGGAAAAUUGUGGGAGAACUCCCGGGCCCAUUACGGACUAAACGAGUUCGAUGGUUCUUUAAGAACCUAAUAGACGUCUCUUUUGUACGACAGAUCGCGUUUGAAGCUGUCCGAGGUUAUGGCUAUAGAGGAGAUAUUGCCCUAGAUGAGAUUAAACUAGCUCCAGGAGGAUGUGAUACCCCGGCGACUGCGGCCCCUUCAAGCACCAUGCAAACUGUACUACCAACCAGCACGUCCAAACCACCCGUACGCAGUGAAGGUAAGAGCAAAUUAAACUUUAGGAUCCUUCACCUUUAUUUUCGGCAGACGAAACAAGUCAAAGACAUGUAUAUGGAUGGGUCACUUAUGUAUUGGACAUAAACAUUCUGUUAUGUUAUACGAUUUAACAUAGGAUAUACAUAAACGAUGUUAGCUAUACGUUCAGUGUCCCGAACCUGGCACUAAGACUAUAUGCCGAUGACACCACCGGAUAUAAUUCUGAUGCUUCGUCUUAAGCUCUACAGUUCUUUAUCAAAAAGAACUUGUCCACGUUGUCUACAUGGUUCGAACAAAAUUUACUCUGAAUUAAUAACACUAAGUCUCAAGCUAUGAUCUUUGGCGCAUCUACUUACAAGUAUGACCUUUACAUCUACUCUUAAGAUUCUAGCAGUGACGUUACGUUGGAUAGGAAGAUUUCUUACAAGGAACCUAUUUCGGCACAGUUACAGAGAAUUUAUUCCAAGACGUCAGCUCCUAAACGAAUAUCUCGCUUUCUUCCCGUGAACGCUAUGAUUCUCCAGUAUAAAACGUUUCUAUAGUUCCGCAUUCAGAAUAUUGCAAUGCAGUUUUAGUUGGUCUUGCUACGAAGCGAUGGACUCGAAGAUGCUAUGGCUACCUAUUAUAUCUUAAGAACUCUAUUUAGAACUAAGAAUGAAGGUUACGAAAGCUUACUGAAUCUCAUAGACAUGAAUACUUUGAAAGACCGUCGUUAUUACCAAGCUCUGGUGUUGAUUUACAAAUGUCUUAACUCAAUCGGUCCAAAGUACAUUUGCCGAUUUUCUGAAUCUAAGGGAUGUAUGUUAUAAUCCAAGGGGUACGGGAAGUAACUUGCAAAUUGGUACAGCCUCGUUUUACUACUGAGUGGAUGCAUAAAUCCUUUUCAUUUAUAGCUAGGAGGCGGUGGAAUGACCGCUAUACAUUAGAAACUCCAAUAAUCUUAAUGUGUUUGAAAGGGCUCCUCAAAAGUUCAAUUUAGAAUCUUUAUACUAGUUUUUGUCUUGCAUUUGUUAUUAGGCUAUUUUAUCAUUAUUACUAUUCUGUAAUCUAUUUUAUUCCUUGCUAUCAUAGCUCGUGACUUUUUUGUGAAUGUUCAUGACAAAUUGUAGCUCUUUUUUAAACGAUAGAUUUCUAUAUAAUGACAUUUUUUGUGUAAUAGAGAUUAGUUCUUAAGUAGUUACAGUUUUUUUGCUUUAGUUACAGAGUUUUAUAUAUUUUUUUUUUCUUCACGUACACGUCAGUAUGAGUUUUUGUUAACUCUUAAGUGUUUACGUGUAUAAAUAAGCUACUUACUUACUCAUGUUUGUCAGGACCUGGUAUACAAAACACCCUCAGAACAAACUAAUGACACAAAAAUAGCAGAGUUUCAAAGACUUGACCACAAAGGUCAAUAAACAAAUAAAAAAAUAAGUUUAAAUUUUUAGAUAAUUUCAAUUCAUUUCGUGACAAAAAUGAAGGGCAAUCAGGAAGAAUAAAGGAUUUGAAUGCUCUGAAUUGACUUAGAAAAGACGUGAAGUUUCAGUUUUUUAUGUCAACGAAGGAUCAUCUAACUAACAGCUGAACACAUUGAUCAGGUGCCUGUUAGCUUCACAACUCAGUUUUUACCCUAUUCUUUCAUGAUCAUUAUCGGACAUCGGCGCCUCAUGAAGUUUUCUACCAUCGUCGAAGGAUUCGUCAAGGUUCCCACUGGACAUUUCUGAUUCCUGAUCCGGCGCUGACAGGUGUCGCAACUGUUUACCCAGCUCUUUCAUAAUCACCAUUGAAGAGGCCUUGGGAAUUCUCACGAAAGACUCGUUAUGAAUUGCUUCUCUAUUAACGUUUGACUUUGCAGCGGCAGGGAGGGCGCUUCCUAACUCUUUCCUCGUCAUCUGCUUUGAAGAUACCACUGGUAUUUCUGCCGAUAAAACUUCCUUCUUGACUUUUUGAACACAGAAGAUCUUCUUAACCAUUUGGCGUCGUAAUUUUCUAUUCCUCCGUUUACUGGUGUAACUACUCAUCACAGCACCCAUUUUCAAAUCAAAACUUGUAACUCGUUGUUUUUUGGAUAUGUACAGUUUAUGACUGAUAGUGAGGAUUUAUUUAUAUGUUUCCUUACGUCGUUGGUAAAAACAGAUUCUGUCAGUUGCCCAGGUAACAUGAUGUUAAUAAGGCUUACAAACAACUUAAUUUAUGCGUUGCUAAGAAGAAAAAUAACAUGUUUGUCCGUUACCGUGACGAAAUACUCAGAUUAUUAAACAAGACGGGGUUGUGAUUGUCUACGAUUAGUUGUUAUGGCAACUCUCUACUACCUUACAAUUAGAGCCAACCAAGCUUUUAACGGGUCGGCUCAUAGGGCUCACAAACAACCUAAAUUUGUGCGUCGCUAAGGAGAAACAUAACAUGUUUGUCCGUUACCGUGACAAAUUAUUGUCUCGGAUCAGUUGCUAUGGCAACUCACUUACCCUAAGAAUUAGAGCUAACCAAGCUUCGCACAUGUCAGCCCAGAGUUUUAGUAAUUCUGAGAUUAAACAGGUAGUCAAAGGCUGCCCAUGAUGUUGUUAGGCUGGAUAGCAAUGUAGUGGUAACUGCGAAAACUCUUUUCAGGUGACUUACGAUUCGUAACAAGCUGAAGGUGUGUUUAGAACACAACAUAAACCUUUUAUCCGUUACCUGGGUAACGCAGUGACGUUAAUAAUUAACGUCAGUCGGCGUUCAAAACAGCCUUAAUGGAUGUGUUGGUAUGAACAAAGAUAAAUGUUUUUUGCUCAAACAAGUAACACAGCGUCUUUAAAUAAAAAGUCUUUCAGUAAAGCAGUGAAGUACAAGAUAAGCUUCUAAAUAAUUUUACCAUAAAUAACAAGAGGCUAAAAUUGGCCUUAAAAUCCGCGUUUUUAUCCACCCAAGAAAUCGUUUCUGCCCUAGUGCAAACAGAAAUAAAACUUACAAACAAAAAAAAAAUUAUUCUACAAGAGAACGGCAAACUUCACAAUAAUCAUUACUAUCGUUAGACACUUAUCGGAUAAAAUUAUAAUCAAUAAAGAUUUAACAAGCAGAAUGUCACUUAAGAAAAAAGAUUGUGAUAAUAAUAAUAAUAAUAAUAAAAAUGAUAAUAAUAAUGAUAAUAAUAAUAAUACGGCACGGGCAUCUGCUUUCCUCUCGAUGGCAAGACGAGGCGCUGUGUCGAGACUUAUGCUUUACUUGGUUAAGAGAGUGGACGUCUUCACCUAACCAUACCAUUUCUGGUGAAAUGGAGCUCUACCAACAGCCAACACCGACCAGAGUGUAUACUUCAUAUAAGAGAGGAACCACCCAGGGGAUGUGACAUGUAGGAUGUACGGUAGAGCUGCAGAGACCCUGCCACAUGUUUUAUCGCGGUGUUCCGCCGUAGCUCAAUCAAAAUACUUAAACCGACACAAUGCCGCGUUGAAGAUACUUUUCUUCGAAAUGCGUAAAGACCAUAAAUUGGUGGAUUCCGUUCCCUCAUGGAACUCACCAGUAACACCCUAAACCAAUGUACGAGUCACCUGAUGCGCAAGCCUAUUGGGAUGUGCCGGUUUACGCUGACCGUACCUGUGUCAAAGCUAACAGAGUGGAUGCGCUGUUUGUGGAUCAUAAGGGAAAGAAAGUCUGGGCAGUUGAAAUUAGUUGUCCGUGGGUGGAGAAUCCUGGAAAGAAGGAUGAGGAGAAGACAAUCAAGGACGGUCCUCUGCGAUGGGAGCUGAGGAAGCAAUACCCAGGGUAUAACAUCGACCAGUGCAAUAUUGUCAUUGAUGUGCUAUAUAGGAAGGUAGUCAAAGAAACUUGAGCUGACUAUGAAAAAGUUCGUUGGUGCAAAGGAAAAGGGUGUUUUGCGAGGAAUGCGGAAAGCCACAUGUCUCGUGCUUGCUCAAUUAAACACGUACUUUUGAGGCAACUGUUGUUUAACUGUUUAACUCUCAACUUAGGAAGAACGUAUUAGGAUAAUGAUUCGAUGGGAUCGCAGUAGUGACGUUUUAAGUAUUUUUAAAGGAUUCGGCAAGUUUUUUUUUAGUCGUUCCUUUCUUCUUCUUCCUUUUUUUUUGUUUUUACUUUUUUAAAGUCAAUAUUGAACACCCUAGCCUAUGAUCGGUGAUACAAGAGUAAGCGAAGCCCUGUCACGGGUGCAAAUAAUGUCGGAACUUGGUUUGACUGCAAUCUUAAUCUGAAGGAACAUAUCAAUAAGACCCGUAAAACUGCGUAUUUCGCAUCUCCAUAACAUACAGCUAAUUACGAAAUAUCUAUAUAACAAUACCGCUCAAACACUACUUCAUGGACUUGUUAUGGGACGAGUUGAUUAUUGCAAUAGCCUUCUCUUCGGUCUACCUGCAGUGCGUUUAGGAAAACUACAACGUGUUCAGAAUUCAGCUGCUGGUAUAAUUUGUAACAUCUCUAGAUAUGACCACAUAACGUCUGUGUUGCGCUCUCUACACUGGUUACCUAUUGAAUGUCGCAUCAGUUUCAAAGUACUCAUCAUUACUUUUAAGGCAAUUUAUGGCGCUGCAUAGUGUAAAAUAAUUAUAAUUUACUAUUACUUGUAUCACUUGUAAUAAUAAUAAUAAUAAUAAUAAUAAUAAUAAUAAUAAUAAUAAUAAUAAUAAUAAUAAUAAUAAUAAUAAUAAUAAUAAUAAUAAUCAUGUUAAUAAUAAUAUUAAUAAUAAAAAAUCGCGAACUUCCAAAAGAGAAAGUGCAAAAAGGACUCUAGACCCGAGUAAGGCACCUUUACAUUUAUUUUCGGCAGUCGAAAAAAAGUCCAAACAUGUACAAUGAUAGGGCUUUUGUUUGUUGGACAUUAACAAAAUAGGAGAUUACAAGACAUAGUUAUACUCAUGUACAAGGUUAAAUAUAGGCUAGUUCCCGAUUUCAUUCGUGACAUUUUCAGUACUAAGUCUUGGAAAUAUAAUUUUAGAAACCAAAAUUUUGAUAUUCCUAGAUUUAAUUCUGUAUUGUAUGGUAAACACUCUCUUAGAUAUCUUGGACCCUUUUUAUGGAACAAGCUAGAUAAAAACAUCACUGAAGCUAGCAGCCUAUCUAGGUUUAAGUUUCAUAUUAGAUGUAAGGAUCUUACUGAACUGAUAAAUGGGAACAACUGCUCCGCUUGCGAAAUUUGUACCUCUUAAGUUGUGCCCGUGUUCCUAGAAUUGUUUUGAUUAUUUUAGCAUAUUGUAAAUGUAUAUAUAAUAUAUAUAGGAUCAUACUAUAGCUUUUUUAUAGCUUUUUUAUUUAUUAUCUUUUAUUUAUCAUAUUAUUCAUUAUUUAUUUUAUCUUUAUGUUGUGUCCCCAAUUAGCAUCAGCUAAAUACAUCGACACAUGAAUAAAGUUCGUCAUCAUCAUCAUCAACACUUCUCGGUAAUGUUUGAAGUUGACAGGACCUGGUAUACAGUACACCCUUACAAUAAACUCAUUGAUGACACAAAUAGGCAACGUUUCGAAGUCUUAACCGCACAAAGGUUAAUAAACAAAAACAAAUAAAUUUUAACUUUUUACAUAUGUUCAUAACUAAAAUUUCAAAUCGUUUUCCUGAAAAAUUGAAGGGCUAUCAGAAAAAUGAAGGAUUUGAAUUUGCUCAUUUGUCUUAAAUAUCAAAAUCACUCAGCAAAAGUGAAGUUUCAGUUUUUCUGUCAACGAAGGAUCAUCUAACUAACAGCUGAGGAUAUCAAGCAGGUGUCUGUUAGCUUCACAACUCAGUUUUUACCCUAUUCUUUCAUGAUCAUUAUCGGACACCGGCGCCUCAUGAAGUUUUCUUCCGUCGUCGAAGGAUUCGUCAAGAUUUCCACUGGACAUUUCUGAUUCCUGAUCUGGCGCUGAUAGGUGUCGCAACUGUUUACCCAGCUCUUUCAUAAUCACCAUCGAAGAGGCCCUGGGAAUUUUCAUCCCUUCAACGAAAGACUCGUUAUGAAUUGCUUUUCUAUUAACGUUUGACUUUACAGCGGCAGCGAGUGCACUUCCUAACUCAGCUUUCCUCAUCAUCUCCUUCAUCAGUUCCAUCGAAGAUAACACGGAUAUUUCUGCCGAUAAAACUUCCUUCUUGACUUUUUGAACACAGAAGAUCUUCUUAACCAUUUGGCGACGUAAUUUUCUAUUCCUCCGUUUACUGGUGUAACUACUCAUCACAGCGCCCAUUUUCAAAUCAAAACUUGUAACCCGUUGUUUUUCAGAUAAUGUACAGUUUAUGACUGAUAAUGAGGAUUUAAUUAUAUGUUUUUUAAGUCGUUGGUAAAAACAGAUUUCUAUCAGUUGCCUAGGUAACAUGACGUUAAUAAGGCUAACAAACAACUUAAUUUAUGCGUUGCUAAGAAGAAAAAAAACAUGUUUGUCCGUUACCGUGACGAUAUACUUAGAUUAUUAAACAAGACGGGGUUGUGAUUGUCUAAGAUUAGUUGUUAUGGCAACUCACUACUACCUUAGAAUCAGAGCCAACCAAGCUUUUAACAUGUCGGUUCAGAGUUUUAGGUAUUCUGAGAAUAAACAGGUAGCCAAAGGCUGGAUAGUGGUAACUGCAAAAACUCUUUACAGGUGGCGAAGAGUUCGCAACAAGGUUAAUGUGUGUCCAGAACACAACAUAAAUUUUUCAUCCAUUACCUAGGUAACGUGAUGUUUAUUUUUGACAUAACGCACAGGUCAAAACAACCGUACUGGAUGUGUUGCUAAGACCAAAGAAAAAUGUUUGUUGCUCAGCCAGAUAACAUAGCUUUCAAAGUCUUUGAAGCAGAGAAAUAGAACGUUGGUUUCUAAAAAACAUUUUAACCGAAAAUAACGAGGGGCUAAAAUUGGCUUUAAAAUACGCGUUCUCAUCCACCCAAAGUUACAUUUCUGCCCAAGUACAAUAAAUAUAGAACUUACAAGCAAACCAAAGUGUACAAGAGAUCGGAAGGACCCACCGCAAAUUUCACAAUAGGAGCCCGCAAUCCUAAUCUCCAGGUUUUCAUUACGCAUGCGUCGCAUGUAUGUAGCCAGCAUUCGUUCGGACUUCCACUAAGAAUGAAGUUCAAAACGCUUUUGCUCGAACACUGUGCUUGCUUACGUUUCACGUGACAGAUGGUCAGAACACGCGUGAUCAGAUCAAAGUUCGUUAUGUGCAUUCCAUUCAUUCUUAGUGGAAGUCCAAACAAAUGCUGGCUACAUACAUGCGACGCAUGCUCAUUAACAACCUGGCCCGGGUUGCUCAAAGCAUGGUUACUGCUAACCAGCGUUAAAUACCAUGGAAACCUAUACAUUUUGAUACCUCUUAACCAACGGUUAGCGCUAACCAGGCUUCGAGCAACCGACCCCUGGAGAUUAGGAUUGCGGGCUCCUCCUGUCGCCCGCAAUUGUUAUUUAACAAUUUAUUGGGGCAAAAUUUAGCCUGCAGAGCAGGCGUUUUUUCACGAAAGCUAAGAGGCACAUUGAUCGUGGUAGCCAUCUUGAAAGCAAAAAUAAAAAAAAUAAACUGAGGGAGGAUGGGCGGGUGGGGAGCAGAAACUCUCCCUUGAAAGUAUUUGUUGACUCUCCCAACUCUCUUUCAGUCUCAAAGUCCAAGAUGACGGGAGAAAAUUGGUCAUCACGAGGGUGAGGGGGGAGUGGGUCGGGAAAUAUGUGGGGACUAGCUAGAUUAUUUUGGGACCGCGAGGGAGGGGUUAAGAAAUAUUUACGUUUUGUAGAUAUUUCCUUGAAUAUAUCACCCACCUUCACCGUUUCAUGAUAAGCGAAAGCCCCUAAUUUGACUUUACCAUCAAGAUGCGGCCUUUUCUUGACUUGCUUUCGCAUUUGACAUGAACUAUAAUUACCACGGUUAUUACUUCAAUCUUUUCUCCAUUCCACUAAACUACGUUAAUGAAUGUGUUUCAGUGUUCUGCAACUUCGAUGGCCAGUCUUUAUGUCAGUUCACCCAGGGAAGUGACGACCAGUUUGACUGGACAUUGAACAAGGACAGCACACCAAGCCCGAACACUGGGCCAAGUAAAGAUAUCUCCUCAGCAGGUUAGCGGUUUGUGCUGGUCUUUUGUAAACUGCUCAGAGCUGUCGUGUAUUUUACGUUGCGGCGUCAUAGCACUCAGAUUUGCUUCCUUUCGUCGUCCUUUGACGUGUUUUCCAAACAUUUUUGACAUUUUUUCAAAGAGCCAGUUUCCUAUGAACCAGGACGCCGUUUGAAGCGUUUUAUUUCUGUGGCAAUUUCGUUCCAAGGGUCUUUCUCCGUUACGACGAAGGAGGCAAAAUAAGAGACUCCCGGUAACAAAAGUGUCAUUGUUACUUUUUUUUUCAACUGCACGUCUCCGCCUUAAAAGCAUCUGAAACAUCAUGCAUUUUGAUCGGUUCUGUAUUGCAUGGACUCCAUCAAAGAUUUUCAAAAGAUGCGAAAAACCUUGUUAGGCAAAAAAGCAGCAUUGUAAUUAAAAAUUACGAAUCUUUUUCUCUGCCGUUCUUAGGCUACUACGUCUACGCCGAAGCUUCAAAUCCACGAAAGACGGGUGACCGCGCCCAUUUAGUUUCCCCCAGUCUUACUGGCGAUUUUUGCGUUCAGUUCUACUACCACAUGUAUGGGUCCUCCAUGGGCACCUUGCGGGUUCUUAGGCUUACGGGCUCACAAAGGACUAUUGUGGGCGCCUUUACUGGUGACCGUGGAAAUGUUUGGCACUUAGCAAACAUUGAUCUUCCAGCAGCUCAGAUCCAACAGGUAAAGUUCGGUAGUAGCCUUAAUGAUGAUAAAGGUGACGAUAUGUUGUGAUCUGAUAAUGACGGUGAUCAUGUAAGAGUUGAAAGAGAGAAAAAAGGAAGGGCUACCAAAACCACGAUCCUGUUAGGGGACUGAGCAUAACAAAACUGAGGGAGGUCAGGGAAAGUCGAUUUGUUGUACCAAAUGUAAUGAAGGAGCUUGGAUACUUGGAACAAUGCCAAGAGGAAUGAUCACGCAGAAAACAUUGAAGGAUACUGAGACCGAGUCAGACCGAAAAAAUUUUGUUGAAUGCAAAUCAGGGGUAACCCAGGCUCGCUGUUUCUGUCACGUACCGGUUUCAUAACAUGAAAAAAUACAGAGAACAUAUAGGGCGAGGUUUAGGUCUGGAAAUUUGCCAGAAAAUGGAAAAAAAUCGAUGAAACUUACCAUGUGGCGAGGUGGUGUUGUGCUUAAUAUGCACACGAAGUUUCGGGAAAAAUAGUGUCCUUCAUCUUUCCUACAUAGUGUGCAGGAACAAUGAAGAAGGCUACGUCGACUGAUGUCAAAGUCUCGCAAUGAUGGCACGGCCAAAUUUGUCCGCCUAGAGGCGUUUGUGGGAAAUAGCGUCAUGUUUAGGUGUUAUGUGACCAUCUUGCCAUCAAGUGCGCUUAUUUCAGAAGGAACGCCUCCCGCUGUAUGUAAUAAUAAACACUGGUUUUGUUUCAUUUCAGUAUCAAGUACUGUUUGAGGCUGAACGCAAGGGAUGGGAGGGUGAUAUGGCGUUGGAUGAGAUCAGAUUAACACCUGGAAGAUGCAGACAAUUUGUGGUGACCACUACACUUCCCCCACCCCCUACUACUACUAAGCAACCUACUCCACCGGUCACACAAGGUAUGUUUUGCAGUGGGGAGGGGAGAGGGUUCAUCAGGAGCCUUCACUUGUGGCUUGAGUGUCCAUUUGUCUUCGCUUCAUUCAAAGCGCAGCAGAGCAAAUUUAUUCUGAAGGGAUACAAUCUUCCUCUUGCUUGGGCAUAGCCCUCCGUUCUUGAAGUAGUGAAAGGAGAGUACGGUAUUAAUAAGAGAGAAGAGAGAAAACUAUUAUUAUUGUCCUCAAAUUCACGACCCUUUAACCCCUUUAAAAAGGGUUAAACCCAAGAUCUGAUUGGUAAUUCUCCUUUCUGCAGCUGGCUGCCAUGUAUUCCCUCGCAGAUUGGUUAAGAGAAUUUGAGGUUAUAUCUCUGGCUGAUAAAUUCACGUACUGGAUAGUGAAUUGAUAUCAUAUGAAGAAAUUACAUGUCAAUCUCUUUAGAUAGUCCAAAAGUAUCGUGCUUUUAUAGACAGUGUCAUUUUUCUCGCCGUCAAACAAACGUUCCCCUCCGCGCAAAGGAAUCUAUUUAGCGCAACGUCGUUUCCGCCAGGGCUUUUUCCUCUCCCAUUUUUGAGGGGAAAAGCCCUGGGAACUAGCUUGUAUUUAGCGCAUUUGUCGGAUAAACGAGUUACUUCCGACUAACCAGAAAUGACGUUUUUGAAUUUUUACUGGUAAUAUCUCACAUUUCAGCUCAAUUUUACUGCAACUUUGACAGUCGGACUUGGUGCGGGUUCACACAAGACACCCAGGAUGAGUUUGACUGGACUCUUCACAGGGGUCGCACGGGCAGUUAUCCAACCACGGGACCAACUAAUGACUUCUCAGGAAAUGGUAAGAUAGACUAUUAUAAAAGUUCAGAACUUUUUGGCAGGCCAAUUCCUCGCGACAACUCUCGUAAGCGAUCAGCUCUAGUAACAACGAGAAUAUUGUUAAACCCCGUCACGUCUUAGCAUAGACUUAAGCGGCUCUGUGGGUCACGACCACUUUUGUGAAUUAAGGGCUGGUCUUUUCCUUGGUUCUCAAGUUCUCGUAGACGACCGCUCAGGCAACACUUAAAUAAAAACAAUUAUUUUUUGGUGAAAUCCAGUGUUAUACAUAGCAUAAGCGCUAAUAAAUCGUCAAACAUGAUGAAAAAGAAACUAUUUAAUAAUAUUUUACCUUAAUGUAUUGAUAUAUAAUUAACAACAUCUGCUAAGAAUUUUGCUUAAAGCCCUCGUAAGCAAGCACCUUCAAUAAGUUUAUUUCAAAGUCGUUUACAGGUAAAAGAACCCAUUCUCGAACACAGCUUAAAAAGUUGCGACCACUUCUAUAAAUUCCCAAAUUAAAGUGGUCAAUUAUGAGAGCUUCGACUGUAAAUUGCGUCGUUAACCCCUGAAUAAUUUUGUUGUAGGUUACUAUAUCUAUGCAGAAGCAUCGUCACCCCGGCAACCUGAUGACCGUGCGCGCCUAGUGUCGCCAAUCUUGACUGGCUCGCAUUGCGUUGUUUUUCGGUACCACAUGAAUGGUGCCAAUAUGGGGAGUUUGCGGGUGUACGGUAGAGUCGGCUCAUUUGAGCAAAAAGUUUGGGAACGCAGUGGAAACCAGGCAGAUACAUGGAAAGGUGUAGAGUUCAGGAUAGAUACCACUGCACAAUAUCAGGUGGGUAAGCCAAACAAAUUACCGCAUAGUUGGAGCGUGAUCACCCGGGUGACCGCAGCCCUGAAUAAGGGUUGAUUUCAGUGUCGCGUAAUUUUUACGUGCGUACGUUCGUAAAAUUCACGUUCGCAAAUAAAACAGAUGCAAUGCAUGAAAGGUCGCUCGUAAGCGUAAAUGCUGAAUCUCGCUUAAGCUCAGCACUUUUUAUCUUACCUCUAUCUUAUUUACGUGAUUAAAAUUUACGUGCGUUAACGUGCGUAGCCAAAAACGCGUCAGUGGAAAUCAACCUUUAGACUACUGUUGACAGUGACUCAUGUUUCGAAAACCAGUGCGGUAGCAGCGGAGCUCGUAAUCUAGCCUGCUUAGCAUGGCGGUUUUGGUUGGGCGCGCUAAGUAAUAAAGGCGGGCGAGGGCAGAGAAACCGCGAAGAGAUUGGGGCGGAGCAACUCUUUUACGUAUCCCAGGCAACCAUGUUUUCACAGAUCACUUUAUUUUUAGCAUCAUUUUGGAGCACGUUUCCCCGUGCAGCUGUGCGAAGCGAACUCGAAGCACUUGUCAUUAAUGCCAUGAUUAUUUGCGAUCUUUAAUUUAGAUCGUUUUUGAGGCUGUUCGUGGUAGUGGAUAUAUGAGCGAUAUCGCACUGGACGAAAUUAAAAUGAUUCCAGGCAAUUGUAAGUCAGCCCAGCCAGUUGCACCCACCACCCUCCUUCCCAGUCCUCCAUCCACAAGAGAAGUCGCGGCUACAACUAACGGUAUGUGCAGUGCUUAAUGUUGCCAAUCUCGUCCCCAAGGCCUCCCCGCCAAUUUCUAGGGGAAAAUCGCUACGGAAGAGGUUUUGUUGUUACCUGUUGCAAUAGUGUACUAUAUUCUUUGAGCCUUACAUGUACUCCAAACUAAGAUGUCAGUACGUCCCAGCUCAAUACUGGCAUUGAGCCAUGCGUGUUAGGGUAGAAUUCUGACAAGCAAAGUGGCCUUGAGAAACCUACAUAAGACAGGCGAAAUAGCGGCAAGCAACAGAAAGAUGGGUAAUCUCGUACCCAGAUCUCACUCUGUUUUACACUGAAAAGUGGGAGAUCUGGGUACGAGACUAAAAGAUGGGUUUAAACUGAAACUGAAGGACCGCCCUCCCUUAUCUCAGUCCGACCCCCCCCUAUCUGAAAGUCUGGAUCCGUCACUGCACAAUCAUGAUGGUAUAAUACCGACAGCGACAUGGCUUCCUCCUCAGUACCCGAAACGACAGGUUUAGAAAUUCAGACUGAGAUCAUAAAUCUGCCCCUCCCCCCCCCCCAGGGGGCUCCUGCCAUUUUCUCUCCAUAGUCAAUAUCCUGUAAAAGGCUCCUAAUGCCAAAGGUCAGGUACGUACGUUCAAGCGCCAUGAGACAAGCUUAUGCGGAAGAGGAACUUUACAAUUGAGAGAGCUAUAGUGUAUUUCAAUUAUGAUCAUAACUAGAGGGUCUCCAUGGGGCUAUUAAACCAUCAGCCGUGAAAAUGAAAGGUAUUUCAAAUCUCACUAUUUCAGGUGAAUUUCAGAAGAAUCUCUUCAAGUUAGAAAAACCACUUCCCAUGUUCUCAAAAACACUCUUCUUUCUAGACAUUUAAUAGGAGACCUUACAAAUUGCUUUUAUCUGAAAAUAUUUCGAAAUUUUGUAUGUGAAAGGCUAAGGUAACCUUUAAAAAAAACGUUCGUAUUAGUUAUUUACUUAAACUCUUUGAUUAAAUUUCCGCUAAAUAACCGUCAACCGUAAAAAGCUCUAAAAUUUAACCGUCAAACCGUCAAAGCUACCACCCCAUUAAGACCCUCUAAGGGACCGGUCAUUAUUUAUCGCCUGGUGGGGUGCGGAGGAUUUUAGGGGGGGUCACUUGAUUUUUGGGAGAACAAAAGGGGGGAUGAGUCGUAACUGAGAACCUAAAAGGGGGGAUCGCUGAAAACUUUGGAAGGAUUCAGAGGGAGGACCACUCAAAUUUAUUUGGAAAAUAAAGACGUGGGGUGGGGUGGGGGGGGGUCGCGAAAGUCAUCAAAAGUUAUUAGGGGGGAUCACUUCAAUGAAGUAACAUUCAAAGGGGGGAUCGGCUAAAUUCCGCCCCCGACGAUAAAUAAUGACCGGUCCCUAACUAGAACAAAAUUCUCUAAUCUGAUUGGCUAUCAGCAGCCAUAAACUUCAGACUAUGAGAUCUCUUAUGCGUUACAUUUUGUAGGUUUGAACUGUCCACCGGGGUGGAGUGGGUAUAACAGUUCGUGCUAUAGGGCUUUUACCAGCAAGAGUCUGUGGCGUGUCGCAAAAAAUUACUGCCGACAAAAUGGUGGAUAUCUAGUUGCCAUCAACAACGAUAGGGAGCAUGAAUUCGUUAGAAACCUGGCUGCAACACUCUAUGGGGACUACGCGAUUUGGAUCGGUCUUCGUCGAGAUUCCACUGGCAAGUUUUCGCGAUGGGGCAAUGGCGAACCCUUAACAUUUACUAAAUGGUUCUGGAAUGAACCCGAUAAUUUCUUUGGCGACGAAGACUGUGCUGAAAUGUUCAUGUACAGUGGCAGGUGGUUGGAUACACCUUGCGUUGGGCGUCGUGCUUCAAAGCAUCAAUUUAUUUGCGAGAUGAGUGAGUUUUGUAUACAACGAUAGUUACUGUUUAAAAAUUCUUUAUUUUUGUUAUAAGAGGCUCCUUAGUCGCUGUCUGAGUCCCGGAUGGGAACUGACCUUUCGACCGCGUACUACAAGUCUUGAUCGGGCUAUAAUCAUGGUGGAUUUAGUGAGUAAGACUAUUAGUUACCAUUAGUACCACCGUGGUUGUCUCGAUCAAUAACUAUUUGACAAAAAAAAAACGAUAAACGAAACCCUUUUUACACAUUACCAUGAUGGAUAAAUAUUUUUCAUGAUAGCGGAGCUCUCUCGCGCGCGCAACGUAGCACCAUGGGUAAGAAAAUUUGGUUUCGCAACCACUUUCCCAGGGCUCUCUCUCUCUUGCUUCGAAGCAACCAAAUUUUAACAGAUAAAGAGCUAGAGCGAGAGAUCAAAAACAAAGAAGACCAUUUUUUGGAAGAAAAACAUGGAAAUUUUAUAGCGGCGGUGAAAAAAUGAGAAAUGCUAGCGACCACCAAGGUGAGAAUAAGCGGCAGUGAAAAAAUAACUGAACAGGAAAAAACCGAACACAUACGACAUGUCCUUCAUAAAACAUUUCACGUUGUAGUCGUGCAAAACAUCGAAAGAAAUGUACAAAGAAGUGUGCUGCACGUGCAAAGUUGUUUUUUGCUAAUUAGACCUAUCGGCCCCCACCGCCCGCAGGAGUGCCCAUUUUUUUCUGAUCGAGUUUUUGUUUUCUCGGCGCAGCUCCAGGAAGAAGCUUGCAAACGGAUUCGCCUCCAACGACCAUUCCUCAAGCAUCCUGUGGAGUACGACCCUUAGUGACAACGGUCAAGACGCUUUCUUCGGGUUUAAGUAUCGGUACGAUCGUAGGGGGCAAGAUAUCAACCCCAGGGGCGUGGCCUUGGCAGGCUGCUAUCAUGUGCAAGACGUGUCAAGAUCAAAGUUGUGGAGGCACCUUGAUUUCCCCAUACCAUGUAGUCACUGCUGCUCAUUGUGUUCCUACCAGCAUUGACGCGUUUAUCGAGAAUUACAAGGUAUGUAAGAAUUGUCAUUCUUCCUUGUCGUUCUAGCCUAUGUAGCUGGCGGGGUUGUUAUUCACGGGGGUACGGCGGAACCGCAACGUGAAACCGGGAGGGAAAUGAGGAAAUGACCUGUUCCCAAUCUUCACGGCGGGCUCCGCUGCCAAAACAGUACAGCACUCGCCAGCGUAUCUGCACUCGACCGUUAAUCCUGUUAUCCGCGCAGAUUGUUAUCGUACUAGCCAAAAAAAGGAAACCUGCGGCCUCUCCUUGCCCCAAGGCGACAGUUCUAGCCGCAAAAUACCUUAAUACCACAUUUUAUCUUCAAUUAGGAACUUUAAAUACCCACGGCAUUUAUAAAUUUUUUGUCCAAAAGAGAACUGCGAGGACUGAUCAAACAACGUGAAUAGACGGUAGUUACAACAUUUCGACCGGCCGAUAUCAGUCUUCAUCAGGUUUAUUAGGAAGAUCACGAAUUUAGAGAAAUAAAUGUAAUGCUACAAUGGACGCAAGUGACGUAGUAUGGUGUUUCUACUUAAAAAAAAGAAAGAUAAGAUAACAGAAAAACAAAUUAAGAUAUGUUCAAGGGCCCAACGUUUAAGGAUGAAGUGCGCUUCACGCGCCUUCGUGAGAGAUUAACGUCCAUUCUUAAGUUUUUUAAUAGGAAUAAGCAGCUUAUGGGAAUUGAUCAACCCCUGUUAAUUAUCGAGACUUCCAAGAAACGGGCCUAAGAAUCUUUAUUCUUCAUCUAGGAACUUAACUCUGUGUGAUGGAAUCUUGGACCCCUGUCUAAAAGCUAUGUUUAAAUUCUUACGGUGAUAUCUGUAACCGGCAGGUCCGCCUUGGCGAACACCAUUUUAAACAGACUGAAGGGUACGAACAAGACAUUAACAUCACUUCGGUCACUAAACAUGGAUCAUACGUUGCAGCCAGUUACGAUCGCGACAUCGCUGUCAUAAAGCUGGCCUCUCCCGCCAGAUUCAAUGACCGUGUGGCACCCGUCUGCCUACAAAGCAAUACUGCUGCGUUUCCUCCAGGUAUGUUCACACACCCUGUACUUUGACUUCAAGCCGGAGAUGUUUCAGGGGCAGCCAAAGACUGUUUUCGCUGAAAUGUCUGUUCGGAGAAGCAAAUAUUCCGUAGAAUUUUCUAUACUUGAGGACAAGUAAUAGACCGUUUUCUGCGCCUUAUCACCAUCCCCCUCGCGCGUGUCUCGCGCUCCGCUCUCGCUUUCCGCUUGCCUUCGCUCGCCUGAAAAACACGAAAAAAUAACGCCUUUUCUGUUAAUGGAGUAGACAGGGGAAGAAAAUCAUUCAACCAGUCGUGUAAGAGAAAACGUUCUCUCCAGCUAAAAUUCGUUUUCAAGGAAGAGUAAUUGGGGUUUCUAUGCCAAUAAAAUUUCUUUUGUAUGGAGCCGCGAGGUAGAGACGGAAACCUUUCCUCAACAAUGGAACAGUGAUUUGCCUUGAAGCAGACAAAUAAGUACAACAGUGGGUCGCACCAAAGGAUGUCUCAAUUUUAUUAUCGCUUAUAUACCUCUCUCUUUACCGGCCCGUAGCCCUCAUUUGAAAGCAAAUGCCUUUCUAGAUUUUUGUUUUCCUUUUUGAGGCUGGAGUAAGGAUAGCAAUGAUUCCUUAAAUUGUGCCAUAACUGCACAGGAUUACCAACGAGCAAUUAUAUUUUCAAUUGCAGGGACGGAAUGCGUCAUCACAGGCUGGGGCCGCACCAGUCAGGGGGGCAAAUUAUCGUCUGUUCUGAAAGAGGCCACUGUGCCGAUAGUAUCAGAAGGAGAAUGUAAAAGUAACUACGGAAGAGGUGGCCUUAUAACGUCCAACAUGCUCUGCGCUGGCUUCAGGAGUCAGGGAACGGAUGCCUGUCAGGGCGAUAGUGGAGGUAAACAAUUGAACUGCCCACCUACCCCUCCCCUAAGCCAACAUUUUGCCCUAAGUGAGAAGUAAGUGAUAAUUUUGGCUUAGGGGAUGGGUAGGUGGGUAGUUUCCCUGAAACCUAAAUUGAUCCAAACAAUUCACAGAAAAUAAGCCGUAACCUUUAAUUUUUGAAGGCACGUUGCAUUCACUCACUUCUCUAAUCUUUCUUUCUUUUAAGGGAGUUUGGCAGCCCAGAAAAUCUUAUCAUUAAUGGUCACAUUCCUUUUGACUAAUCAAAAUCUGGAUUUUGCGUAGCUCGAAUUUCAUCCGAUUGCUUCGAGUCGGUUUUCUCUGUAAUAACGACUCGAAGUAAUCGGAUGAAAUUCAGGCUAGAUUUUGCCAUCCAAAAUUUGAUUUUUCGUUCCACUAAGGACUAAACCAAUCUAAGAUUGCAAUCUGAACGAUCCACCUCCGCACUUGGAUCGUUCAGAUUGGUAUCCCAAUCUUGUUUCAGAUUUUUAUUCCAUUUAACGAAUUAAGAGAAACUGCAUUUCGAUUGCAAGAUCGUGCUCGUCCAUCUAUAAACACGGCGGUUUAAGGUUAGUUCGGGCCAGAGUUAUUGACACUCCUCCUUUGUUCUAUGCCGCUAAAGGAUUGUAGUAUAUUAUGCUCAAGUUCCCCCAAAACUCUAAAUCCAUGAGGAAGCGAAAACGCUUGCAUUUUCUCACCGAAAACUAUAAUGUCCGAUGCGUGUGUGUGUUUAGAACGCGCUUCUCAGCGCUUGAGAAUUCGUAAUUGUCUUCUGAAUUUUCUUGAAUCAAAUUCCAGAUAAUUUUAAGUUGACGAGUCCCAGUAUGAACCACCACUAGUUAAAGAGCUACUUUUCUUUCCAUUUCUCCACGAGAAGACGCUUAAUUUAGCGGAAAGAAAUAAAAAACGAUGUAUUGAAAUUGAGAAGAAGAUCAGAGCAGCAGGCAGCUACUGUAUGGAUCAAUCUUAUUUCAGAUUUUUGUUCCGGCUAGCAGGAAAAUCCAAACAAUCUGGAUUGUCUAAAUCCGAAAAAAGUUUGGCUUAAAGGAAUGCAACCAUAGAGUGGAUUUCAAUUACAAGCAAUUGUGUUUUGAAUACAUUGAUUCAUCUAGCUCCUUAACCUCCUAAUAAGCCUUGCAAAUGUAUCACGUUGUUUUCUGUUGCGAAUUGUUACUACAUAGAAUUAAACAUAAGAUGCAAUUUCCGCAGUUUUUGCCACGAAGGCACUCAAAACAUACAUUUGAGUGCCUCGUACAGUUUCCCUUGAGCUUACAAUUGUCUUCCCCUUUUGUUGUUGCUUUUUCCCAGGUCCCCUUGUAUGUGAAAAGGACAAGCGCUGGUAUCUGGUGGGCGCAACUAGCUGGGGAUGGGGCUGCGCAGGGCAGUACUACGGCGUUUACACCAAUAUUGCUAAAUUAUACAACUGGAUUACAGCAAACACGUUGUAG